AUGGCUAACAAGGCUGUUCACCAACGCCACAAGUCCGCUAGCAACUUAGCAAACCCCAUGCCUACCACAGGCGGCUUCUCCAAGCUCGCCCUCAAGCCCAAUAAUCAGAUUGACUUGGGCACCCGAGCGAAACCCGCACAAUCCAACUCGGAAAUGCCGGUUGCGAAGUAUACCGGUGCCAUAGAUCAAGAGAACCGAGCACACAAUGUUUCGAAGGACGCCUUCCUACGACCCGCGCAACGACUCCCCAAGUCCCUUGUUCCCUCUCUUUCGAUGAACCAGCUCCGACCUACAGACAAUGAGCCUGCACCCCUCUCAAAGCAGUCAUUGCAGCAGCAGCCUAUCAAAAAGCGAGGUCAGCAGUUGAAGGUCUUCAGUGACAAUCAACCUGAGAAGGAUGUCAAUGCUCAGCAGCACACCCUAGACAAGGCCAGUCGAGCCUCCAUCACUAUCAAAUAUAGUACUGAGCCUCAAGUUCAGGCCAGAGAUUGGGUUCCCGGAGCGUCAGAGAAAGCGUUGCCAGAAAACCGCCAGCAAGGAUCUUGUCUAGAGAAUUCCAAACCCUCACAGAAUGUCAAUCCUUCUGCCGUUCGUCGAGUAGAGGAAGAGGCCACUAAGGGCCUCUACCUGGACGCUGUUGAAGAGCUUCCGCAAGACAUGCAUUCCUUGCCAAAAACAGAGACGGCGGAGGCUGCGGCCUGGACUGCUAAGAUUGGUUCACUGAAGAAUCCGGACCCACGCGAUUGGGUUUCUCCGGCUCUAAGCACUGAGAAAGACAGUCUACCACCUACUACCGGUGACGGUAUGUACCAUCAGUACGACGAUCGAUUCGCCUCUAACGCAUUUCUGCCUCAUCACCCGGCCGACGUGUCUGACUAUGAGGAUGAGGACUACUAUGACGACCAGGGUUACACCACAGCCCAUUCGGGCCGGGACAACACGACAACCGGUGUCACCACUGUCAUGGUCCCCCCCAAGCUCACCAAGAAGGGUGCCGCGGAGAUUGCUGCCGCAAAAGAGAUCGUGGAGAGAAAGACUGGCGACGUUCCAGAUGAAGAAGAAUGGGAUAUUAGCAUGGUGACUGAGUACGGAGAAGAGAUUUUUAAUUACAUGAAGGAAAUCGAGAUCGAUCUGCUGCCAAAGGCUCAUUACAUGGAUAUCCAGACUGAGAUCAAGUGGUCCAUGCGAGCCGUUCUUAUGGACUGGGUCAUUCAGGUCCACACCCGCUUUGGACUUCUCCCAGAGACGCUCUUUUUGGCCGUCAACUACAUCGAUCGAUUCCUCUCAGUUAAGAUUGUCUCCAUAGGAAAACUCCAACUAGUCGGCGCUACCGCUCUUCUGCUCGCCGCGAAGUAUGAAGAGAUCAACUGCCCCUCAGUGCAAGAAAUCGUCUAUAUGGUCGAUGGUGGCUACAGCCAAGAGGAGGUCCUCAAGGCAGAGCGUUUUAUGCUCAGCAUGCUAAACUUCGCACUGGGCUGGCCUGGUCCUAUGAGCUUCUUACGACGUAUCAGCAAGGCGGACGACUACGACAGUGAGAUUCGAACCGUAGCCAAGUACUUCCUCGAGGUUACCGUUAUGGACGAGCGCUUCGUCUCGAGUCCUCCUAGCUAUGUGGCCGCUGGUGCCCAAUGCCUUUCACGCAUGAUUUUGGGCAAAGGUGACUGGACUCCCGAACAUGUUCAUUAUUCCGGCUAUACGUUUGCCCAGUUGAAGCCGUUGGUCGGAAUGAUUUUUGACUGCUGCCGAAUUGCCCGUAAGCAUCAUCGAGCAGUCUUCGAGAAAUAUUCGACUCGUCUCUUCAAGCGCGUGGCUCUGUUUGUCGAGGAACAGAUCAUACACGGUUUCAGACUUCCCUUCCAGCGCGGAUAUCCGCACAUGUAUGAUCUUACCAACACUGAGAUCUACUCAGCAUCGCGUACUGUGUCGAUGCCACUCCCUAUCUUGGGUUGA